AUGGCCGAUGAUCGCCGAACUCUGCCUAAGUCUGCAGCCAGUGCAUUUUCUAUCUGGGAUGUGGCGAACAUAUUUGAAUAUGCCACUUCCAGGUUAACUGCCAUCCGUAUCGCAGUACUUGAAGAUGACAUCGAUCACUCUAACUCCUAUCAGUUCUCAUUCGUGAGAUACAUGGUCUGGGAAGCGGAGCAUUUUGUAACCCCCUCCGUCAACAUGUGCGCCGCCAUGAAUAUCUCCAUGACCAUGCCGCUGUAUCUGAGUGAGGUCCUCCUUCUCAUUACAUCUUGCCAGACCGAGCCGUAUGAUCACAGCAAAUUCUUCGCCGCAUAUAAGGCAUGCCCGCAUCAAUCGGUGACCCAUCCGGUUGACAUCAAUCGGGUGGUCCCCAAGUACAAACACGCUUGGUGGGAGCACCGGUUUGACCUUUUGCCGUUCAACAUGCCUUUGCAGAUAUCAGUUGCUGAGCCCAGAAUGGCCCUUAUGGUGCCGAGACCAAUUACACACACCCACAGUGACGAUCCGCUCAUGCAACAGUUGCAAGUCCUCAGGGCCGAAGUUGCGCGCCUUGGUAUGGAACUCACCCGAGUCCUUGUUGAUAAGCUGGAUGCCAUGACUGAGGCGGUGGCUGCAUUCAAUCGUCUAGAGGAUCCUGUGGAUGAGCUUCGUGAGGCAAUGGAAGCCUCCCACGCAGCAGUUGCAGUGUUGCAAGAGGAUUACGACAAUGGCUGGCUAGGAGCAUCUCCAUCCAUCGAACCAUUUCCCCAUCCAGCACGACUUCCGUGUUGA